AUGGAUACUCAUAUUACACGUUCAUCGAUUGCUGGUAUUCCAGUACCAACUUUAUUAGAUGAAAAUCAAACAUUACACCAACAAAACGAAUAUCAAGAUACUCCACCUACUACCAGUAAUAGCAAUAAAAAUAAUAAUAACAAAUAUGAUUUAGAUACUUCAAAACUUUAUGUCUCAAAAACUACAAAUGAACUCUUAUUUACAUAUUUAAUAUUAAAGGCAUGUUCAUUCCCAAUAAUUUCAAAUAAUGGUCAAUUUUUAUUUGAUCUCUCUAAAAAAUUAGGAUUAUCAUUACCAGUAAAUUUCUUUGUUAAACAUACAUUUUUUAAACAAUUUUGUGCUGGUGAAACUAUUAAAGAAACAGAGACAUUUUCAAAGAAAUUAAAUAAAUUGGGUAUUGGUUCAAUUUUAGAUUAUAGCAUUGAAGAAUCAGAUAUCGAUGGUAGUGGAUAUGACAGUGUUGCCAACGUUAUAAUAGAAACAGUAAAGAUUGCAGCACAAAACCCCACAUUAUCAUUUUCAUGCGUUAAAUUCACAGGUUUAGUUUCUCCGAGCAUUUUAGAAAGAUUAAAUCAAUUAGUUUCUUCUGUUAGCGUAGAUGUCACUAAUUUACCGGAGGUCGCAAUUAAAAAUCCAAUCCAAUUUUAUAAAGAUAUUUUAGCUAGCAAUAGUGAAUUUAAAUCAAUUUAUACAUCAGAUGAAAUUCGUCAAUUAGAAGAAUUUGUAAAUAGAGCAGAGAGAAUUUUCAUUGAAUGUAAUAAAUACGGUGUACCAAUCCUUUUAGAUGCUGAACAAUCCUAUUAUCAAGUUGCUAUUCAUCAAUUAGCUAUGGCAUUCUCCUAUAAAUACAACCGUGAAAAGCCAAUCAUUUACAACACCUAUCAAAUGUACUUGGUUCAAGGUAUGGACAUUUUAAAACAACAUUUAGAAAUGUCAAAGAAAUUAAACUUUAAAUUGGGUGCAAAGAUUGUACGUGGUGCCUAUAUGGUUACUGAAAGUGAACGUGCUAAUAAAUUACAUUAUGAAAAUCCAAUUCAACCAACUCUUCAAGAUACCCAUAACAACUAUAAUGGCGCUGUAGAUUUCCUCUUAAGAGAGAUUAGAAAUGACAAAGAUUCAAUGGGUUUAAUGAUUGCUUCACAUAAUGAGGACUCUGUAAAGUUAGGAACACGUUUAAUUAAAGAAUACGGAAUUGAUCCAUCCAAUCCAAAUGUACAAUUUGGUCAACUCUUUGGAAUGGCUGAUUUCUUAACAAACUCUAUUGUUGCUCAAAAACAAAGAGUCUUUAAAUACGUUCCAUUUGGUCCUGUAAAUGAAGUAUUGCCAUACUUGGUUAGAAGAAUGCACGAAAAUAAAGGUUUUGUAGGUAGUAAUAGUGAAAAAGAACUCUAUUAUCUCAAAAAAGAAAUUUCAAGAAGAAUUUUUGGUUCAAAAUAA